ACGGUUUGCCAUUGCUCCAACUUACGAACAACAUGGCUACUGCCCUCGAAAUCCCACCUCCCCCUCCUGGUGCUGCAGAGAGCCAGUUCCUUUGCCUGACCAUCUGUGGGUAUCGUCGACAUGGCAUGAGCGAAGAAGACUACAGACACCAUAUGACCAAAGUCUCUGCACCAAUGACCAAAGAUCUAAUGGUGAAGUACGGCGUCAAGCGAUGGACUAUGAUUCACAACACAACAGAGACUCGCGCCCUCAUGAGCAGGCUAUUCGACCACCAGAUGGCCAACUUAGCCGACUUUGACUGCUUCAGCCAAGUUGUGUUCAAGAGUGUCGACGAUUACAAGAGGAUGAAGGAGGAUCCUUGGUAUAAGCAACACCUGGUGGGCGAUCAUGAGAAGUUUGCAGACACAAAGAGAAGCAUGAUGACUAUUGGCUGGAUCACCGAGUUUAUCAGGGACGGGGAGGUAGUGGAUGGGAUGAAAGACUGUUGAGGAACUAAAACUGAUCAUGAUUUCAGGCCGCUUUAAACAUCGUGACAG